GGCCAACCAGAGAGAGACACGUGUGCUCGUUAUCCCUUUCCAUCUCUUUACAGUGAGUUCUAGCUCUCCCCCCUCUCCCUCUCUCUCUCUCUCUGUGAAAAUGGCCACCGUCUUCUUCGGCUCCCUCCCUUCUCCCCCGACUCGCUCUUCAGAGAUUCACCCACCCUCGAGGUCAACUCGUUAUACGACGCCGUUCCAUCCCCGCAUCUUCACUCCUUGGCUUAACCAUUCACUUCACAGCCACCCCUCCGAUUCCACGCACUGCCGCUCAGUUUCUUGCAAAGCCCAAACGACUAAAGCUUUUGCAGUUCCUAGGAGGAAUGCGGUAGCCUUGAUCUUCUCGACUGCUUUCUUCUCAGGAGUUAGUUUGAGCGAUGCUGCAUUUGCUCAACCGUCCGUUGGGCUAAGAGAAUACAUAGAUACGUUUGAUGGGUAUACGUUCAAGUACCCUCAGAACUGGAUUCAAGUCCGAGGUGCUGGGGCUGACAUAUUCUUCAGGGACCCUUAUGUACUAGAUGAAAAUAUCUCUGUGGAGUUAUCCUCUCCCUCGUCCUCUAGGUACAAGAGUGUUGAAGACUUGGGUCCGCCUCAAGAGGCUGGACAGAAAGUGCUGAAGCAAUAUUUGACUGAGUUCAUGUCUACGAGACUGGGCGUCAGGCGUGAAUCAAAUAUUCUUUCCACGUCUUCCAGAAUUGCCGAUGAUGGGAGGACUUACUAUCAAGUUGAGGUGAACAUAAAGUCAUAUGCAAACAACAAUGAGCUGGCUGUUAUGCCACAAGAUCGUCCGGUUCGUUUGGAAUGGGACCGGCGAUACCUUUCAGUUCUUGGAGUUGAAAACAAUCGGCUAUAUGAGCUAAGACUGCAAACACCUGAAAAUGUGUUCUUGGAAGAGGAAUAUGAUCUUCGCCAAGUCAUGGAUUCCUUCAGAGUAAACAAGGUGGUUGCUUGAUCAAUGCCGCCUUUCCUUUUUUGUUUCUUUUAUUCUUCCUUUUGUUUUUGUACGAGUAAAUUUAAUUUUUUGUCUACUACAUGUAAUGAAGGAUAAUCCAGCUUCGGCACUCUUCUACUUCAUAUCCUAUCUUUCAUGUGCUACUCCCUUACUCGUGCAUUAAUUUGUUCUAGCUGAACGUCCUGUGGAAAAUGUUCAGUGGUUGUGAGUUUGUGACUAGUAAUGGUGACAGAUAAAGGGGAGUACUUCUAAAACUCUGUAGGAAAAGCUCGUCUUACAGGCUAGCUCAAGCUUCUUUCAUA